UAUGGAAGUAAAGACGCAGGCGGUGUGGGUCAUGUGCCUCCUGGCUGGGACCAAUGGCAUGCACUGGUGGGAAACUCUAAAUAUUACAAUUACACACUGUCUGUGAAUGGAAAAGAGGAAAAACAUGGAGACAACUACGAGAAGGACUAUCUCACAGAUCUGGUUUUGAACCGCUCGCUGCAUUUCCUGGAGGAGCGGAGCCCCAAUCACCCGUUCUUCAUGAUGUUGUGUCCGCCGUCUCCUCAUUCGCCGUGGACGGCCGCCCCUCAGUAUCAGCAGUCCUUCAGCGACGUCAGAGCUCCACGAAACGGCAGCUUCAACAUGCCUGGAAAGGACAAACAUUGGUUACUACGGCAGCCUGCGAAUCCAAUGCCAAACAGCUCCGUUGAGUACCUCGACAACGCUUACCGCGGGAGGUGGCAGACGCUUCUGUCAGUGGACGAUAUGGUGGAGCAGCUGAUUAAGAAACUGGAUUCAAUAAAGGAGUUGAGCAACACGUACAUCUUCUACACGUCUGAUCACGGCUAUCACACCGGCCAGUUCUCAUUGCCCAUUGACAAGAGACAGCUGUACGAGUUUGAUAUUCGCAUCCCUCUUGUAGUUCGGGGUCCAGGAAUCAAACCUAAACAAACACUUCAGUCUCCAGUGCUGAAUAUAGAUCUUUCGAUGACUAUCCUGGACAUCGCAGGAGUAAAUCUCUCCACCGUCAACAUGGACGGACAGUCUUUCCUGCCACAGAUGGCACCAUCGUUGCGUAACGGCACCGAACGGCCCUUCUUCCUGGUUGAGUACACCGGUGAGGGACAUUCCUCUGAAGAUCCCAGCUGCCCUAAACUCGGCCCUGGACUAGCUGAGUGCUUCCCAGACUGCGUAUGCGAAGACGCCUUCAACAACACGUACGCCUGCGUCAGAGCUCUGAAGGAUGCAAACCUGCAGUACUGCGAAUUCGCAGACAACGAGUCGUUCGUAGAGGUG